UCCUUCCCUUUCUCUCUAUCUUCUCUCGCAAAUUUUCUAACUUGUAACUGAUAGCCCAAUGGCCGCCACCCCAAUCCUCUCCCCCACCACAACCACCACCACUUCCUCCUUAGUCCACCACCACCACCAAUCUCUACACUUCUGUAAAUUACCCUUUCCCAACUCCCUCACCAAACCCAGCACUCUCAAUUCCAACAGACCACUUACCAGACUUAACGUGUCCACCCCAACAAACAAACCCAGCAACACCACCGCCACAUCCACCUCCACCUCCAAGAAACCCACGACGGAGACCAUCUACUUCGACGGCGGAGCUCACUAUGGCGACCUCCUGGCCAACCUUAUCCUGGGUUUCACUCUUCUGUGGCUGCCCUUGACUUUAGCUGCGGUCUUCAGGGCCUUCUUUUUGAGGUACAGGUUCACCAACCUGCGUGUGACGGUAAUCUCGGGACUGACAGGUCAGGACAGGAGCGACUUCUCGUACAAGGUGAUCAAGGAUGUCCAGGUGGUGCCGCGAUUCAUCGGCGAAUGGGGUGAUAUUAUCAUCACCCUCAAAGACGGCACCAAGGUUGAUCUGAGGAGUGUGCCCAAGUUCAGAGAGAUUGCCAAGUAUUGCCUCUCUUUGGCGGAAAAGCCGGCCGUAUUGAAGGAAACGGGAACCAAAGGCUUUUAAUUUAAUUUAAUUAUUACAAGGUUUAAUUUCAUGCAAAAACAUUGAUGGUGUUUUUUUUUCUUGUAUAAGAAUUCUCAGAGGUAUGCUAAAUCAAUUUUUGUAGAUAA